AUGUCAUAUGAAACAGCUUAUCUCGUGAUUUUAUUAGGCAUGUUUCUAAACUCGAAUGAUUUCUGGGCCUAUAAUAAUACAUUUGAUGAAUCAGAACAAGAUGAAGAUAGAGAUGAGGAGUUGAAAGGAAAUGAGGAGGGGGGAAUUGAAAGAUUGAUGCCAGAUGUUCAAUAUGAAAUACGAUUAAGAAAUCAUGAUGUAAUUGAAAGACCUAGAGAAAUCCAUGGAUUUAAAGACAAAUCACUUGAGAAUUUUCCAAUAUCACCAUGUGGACAAUAUAUUGCAUUUGUUGGAAAUAAUUGA